AGCUGGAUCAAAAAACAAAGAAAGAGGGUGGCUUAAGGAAGAAGAGUGUGGACUUUGUCUGUAAACAACAUUUUUUUUCUUCUUUCUGCAAAAAUCUCAUCUGAUUGUCCCAAAGCGCAACAUUCGCCAACAAUAGCUUCUUUUACCCACCAACCGAAACCAAACCAUUCCAAAGCAAAACAAACCAAAGCAAAGCAGAACAAACCAAAACCCAUACCAAGAAAUGUUCGGACCUUAUUCUUUUAAACUGUUACGCUUGGCAUCUUGUAAUCAUCAUCAUCAUCAUCAUCAUCAUCAUCAUCAUCCUGCUUCUCUUCACAACAACCUUUUCUCUCAACUUUUUGCUUCUACAAGUUAGAAAGUACAACAAGGAACAAGAAAGCUAGGAAAACAGAAGCAGGAGCUUAUUUUAUUUUAUUUUUUUGGUGGGUUUUUUUUUCCAAAUUGACCAAGGAAGUGGAUUUGAUUGGUGUGUGUUCUGGGUAUGGCUCUCUGCUCAAUGUUUUGUUGCGGGAAGGUUUCGGAUCGGAAGGAACGAGGGAAGAAGCAGCCAACCUGGAGGAUCUUUUCUUUGAAGGAAUUACAUGCAGCUACAAACAAUUUUAACUAUGAUAACAAACUGGGAGAAGGAGGAUUUGGCAGUGUUUACUGGGGUCAGCUUUGGGAUGGAUCGCAGAUUGCAGUCAAAAGGCUAAAGGUCUGGAGUGACAAAGCAGAGAUGGAAUUUGCUGUUGAGGUUGAGAUACUGGCACGUGUUCGGCACAAGAAUUUGCUGAGCUUACGUGGAUAUUGUGCUGAAGGGCAAGAGCGUUUAAUCGUAUAUGACUACAUGCCAAAUUUGAGCUUGCUUUCUCAUCUUCAUGGGCAACAUGCAUCUGAAUGCCUUCUUGAUUGGAACCGGAGAAUGAAUAUUGCAACUGGGUCUGCUGAAGGAAUUGCCUACCUUCACCACCAUGCUACUCCCCACAUAAUACACAGAGACAUCAAAGCUAGCAAUGUGUUGUUAAACUCUGAUUUUGUGGCCCAAGCUGCUGAUUUUGGAUUUGCAAAACUAAUUCCUGAUGGUGCAACACAUGUGACCACAAGAGUUAAGGGUACCCUUGGCUAUCUUGCACCUGAAUAUGCUAUGUUAGGAAAAGCAUCGGAAAGUUGUGAUGUCUUCAGCUUUGGCAUUCUUCUGCUAGAGCUUGCGAGUGGCAGGAAACCUAUUGAGAAACUGAAUGCAACAAUGAAACGGACAAUAACUGAUUGGGCACUGCCACUUGCUUGUGAGAAGAAAUUUGAUGAGUUAGCAGAUCCCAAGUUAAAUGGGAAGUAUGCAGAAAAUGAGCUGAAAAGAAUAAUCUAUGUUGCACUACUAUGUGCACACAAUCAGCCUGAAAAGAGACCUACCAUGCUUGAGGUGGUAGAGCUACUGAAGGGAGAAUCAAAAGACAAGUUGUCUCAACUAGAAAAUGAUGAAUUAUUUAAGUCUCCCCUAGCUGCGGAUUAUAAUGAUGGGCAAUCAGCUGCAGAAGACAGUUCAGAUUUCAUCUCAGAGGAGAAGGAUUUAAAACAGGAGUUGAAAGAGGAGACUCUGCCUGAAAUUGCACACAAUGGCUGACUGAUCAAAUGGGAGAAAAAAUUGAUGUCCAAAAAAAUAAAAAACAGAAAAAAGGGAGAAAAAUUUAGGUUUAGGAUUUGAAUAUUUCAUAUUUUGGGUUUUUACACAGGCAAGGUGGCUCUGGCUGUCAAUUUACAAGAAUAGCCAGGGGUGAUAGUUGCCCAUUGGAUUCGAAAACAUUAGUGUUUUAGACGUGUGUUUGUAUUUUGCUCUACAUCCUUUUCGUUUUGCUGUUUGUUCCAUUAUGUGAAUGAAAUGUACUGUUUUUCA